UCACCAGCCCUGUCGUCAACGCCAUCUUCUAUGGCAUCCCCGCAACACUACAUGGUGUACGACGAAGAGGGUACCACGACGGACCACAAGAUCGAAGAAGACCGAUUGGACUUGGGAAACGAUACGGGGACGGGAUCGGGAUCAACAAACCUGGGAAGUGGAAUCGGCGUCGGUCUUGGGAUCGGGGUUGGCGGUUCUGGACCCUAUACUGGAGGAGGAUUUGCUGGGUACUGGCAACACUCCUCCACUACUGGGUACUUACCUUUGUUUGACUGGGCAUCGAAUUCCAUUGCUGCUGGGUCUCAAUCUCUAACGUUUCCGAAGGACGAGAAUCGGGGUCAGUGAGAAAAUUCAGCAGAAGGUGACUGUCUAAUAAAUUUGAGAGAUCGUGGUCGUUGUUAAUGUAAGAACUAGUUAAGGACAAGUUGUAGUUCAUUUGUUGAUGACCAAUAACAAAAAAGUUCUUAACUAAAGCCACUGGCAAGAGCGUUACCAACAAAUUUCACAAAAAAUUCGCCACGAGUUUUUAUCAAUUGGACGAUUAACACUCAACCAUCCGAAUUACACGAUCCGAUGUUGAUUAUGAACAUUGGGCUGUAUGUAUAGAUUCUCAAUUGCAAUAUCUUUAAGACGAAGGCGACUUUCAUGCCAGGGGAGGUGUUGUGAUCUCCUUUGCAAUUCCAUCAUACCUAAUCAUCCAACCGUUGUUCAUAGGUUUUUCAAGAGAUGUAUAUUUAUAAUACUGUGACUGUGAUGAUUGGGUUGAAAGCUCGUUGGAAAUAGAUGAGAAGUCGAGAUUCCGAAGUUAAUCUCGCAAGGACCCAUAUGAAUUUCUCCUAAGGCACUUAAUCUUCACUAGAGUAUAUAACAUAAACGAGCUAUCAGGAAGCUUACGACAUCGCACUCGUAACGGCUUGUAAAGAUCUUUCGCGGAUCGCGUAUGAUAUCCUGUAGAUACUUGUAUAGUAGACACUAAUUAUGCGAUUCGAUGAAUGUAUACCAAAUUGUUACGUCUUAACGAUGAUAAUAACGUUAUUCAGCAAAUACCAAAAACUUUAGACGCUAAGUAUUAAGUGAAAGAAAAAUACGCCUCGCGAUCAAGCGACGGAGCAAUUGUACAGCAGAUCAGCGCAAAUUGCAUAUACUAUUGAUUAGAUGUAACUUAUAAAUAUUAUAAUAUCGAUAUGAAGGAAUAGUUGUUUACAAUAGUCGGUAUCCCUACAAAUAACGAUUCGUUCAAGCGACGAUGUUCUUCGAUUUUUCUCCCGAUAUUAUUUGCGGCGAGGCUAUGUAAAAAGUACUGUAUGAAUAUUUCUAGUAUGUCCGAUCUUAUGGAAAAUAAAAUCGAUUAUGACUGAUAUUCAAUAACCUACUCAGAACACUUAUUUUUUAUCUCAUGAAUCCCGAUCUUGCCAAAACGUAAUCUAAGUUGGAUUAGACAUAAACAGUAAGAAAGAUUUUAAGAAACGACCGCUAUUUUGUAUGGAUCCCGAUGUCGUGUAAACGUUUGUCGAAUUACAUAUCCUGAGUCUU